AUGACUACUAUGCAAUUCUUCAACUACCCCGGAACUGAGGCCAACUCGGAAUCCUUCCACUACUCCCAAGCCGUCAAAAUCGGUACAAUGGUGAAAACAUCCGGUCAAGGCGGCUGGGACGAGAGCGGAAAAAUCACGCCCGAUGCCGAGAAACAAGUCGCCAUCGCCUUCGAGAACGUCGAAAAGGCCCUGAAAGACGUUGAUCCACGGUUGUCGUGGGAGAAUGUCUAUGCUGUGCGAAGCUAUCAUAUAAACAUGGAGGAGACAUUCGAUAUAGUCACCGGGAAUUUUAAAAGGGUCCUUCCAGACCACCGUCCGAUUUGGACUUGCGUCGAGAUUGGAAAAUUGGGCAUUGAUGGGAUGGUAAUUGAGAUUGAGGUGGAAGCUUAUUGUCCAUUCUAG